CUGAAGAGAAAUGUCUAAGUCUUCCACUCCCUCUCAGGAGGACACAUGGACAUUUUCUGCUUUGGCGCGUGGAAGAAGAAGAAGACCGCCGGACUUGGAGUUGGCGCAAACUCCUUCUAGCGCGUACGACCCACCUGUGGAAGAAAAGGAGCACUUUCACGAUAGAAGAAAGAUGCAAGUGGAUGGAGACCCCCCUAAUUGUGCACCCCCAGCUCAGAUCCACCCCUACCCAUCUCAUCCGCGCAUGUCAGUCCGGAUGUCAGUAUACAGCACCGGGGUCCGUCCCGUCUUCACGCGCGCCUACAUCCAAGGACGCGUGUACAACUUUCUGGAGAGGCCGUCCGGAUGGAGAUGCUUCGUGUAUCACUUCACUGUGUUUCUUAUAGUUCUGGCUUGUCUGAUCCUUAGUGUUCUCUCUACCAUCGACCAGUUCCAAGCUCUGGCCCACACAACUCUCUUUUGGGUGGCUGAUGGAGUUGCUGGAGCCUAUCCUAUCCAUAGAUGGGAAAUCGUCCUUGUGGUGUUCUUUGGCGUUGAAUAUUUUGUCCGCCUCUGGUCUGCCGGCUGCCGGAGUAAAUAUGUUGGCAUCUGGGGGCGACUGCGCUUUGCCAGGAAGCCCAUAUCCAUUAUAGACUUAAUUGUAGUUGUUGCCUCCAUAAUUGUGCUCUCGGUGGGCUCCAAAGGUCAGGUCUUUGCAACCUCUGCUGUAAGAGGGAUCCGCUUCCUGCAGAUUUUGCGCAUGCUCCACGUUGACAGGCAGGGCGGAACCUGGCGUCUCCUGGGAUCUGUUGUCUUCAUUCAUCGGCAGGAGCUGAUCACAACCCUGUACAUUGGAUUUCUGAGCCUGAUCUUCUCCUCAUACUUCGUCUACCUGGCAGAGAAAGAUGCGGUGGACAGCAGUGGCUCCACUGAGUUUGGGAACUAUGCCGAUGCUCUGUGGUGGGGAGUGGUGACAGUGACCACAAUUGGCUACGGAGACAAAGUGCCACAAACCUGGAUUGGAAAAACCAUCGCGUCCUGUUUCUCAGUGUUUGCCAUCUCCUUCUUUGCCCUCCCCGCAGGAAUCUUAGGUUCAGGGUUUGCCCUGAAGGUGCAGCAGAAGCAAAGACAGAAACACUUCAACAGACAAAUCCCUGCAGCUGCCUGCCUCAUUCAGACAGCUUGGAGGUGCUUUGCAGUGGAGAACUUUGACUCUGCAACCUUCAAGAUGUUUUUGCGAAAGAGGGCCCAUGUCCCAGCCUCCUCUCCAUCCAGUCCCAAGUCCAAAAAAUCGGUGAAGACAAAGAGGAAGUUGAAGAGCAUUGACAAGGACAAUGGACCAGCUUCUCCCACAAUGCCCGGCGUCACCCAUGACCCUGUGUUUGACAGCGGGAGGGAGCUGAGUUCAGAUGUUUACAGCAGUGUUGGCACAG